AGCGAAGCAUCAAAAACACGAAGUGCAUAAAUACGUUGCAGUACAUUGCUGCGCUAAAUGAAUCGAAAUUUAGUCAAUUGUCGAAAAUCAUAAAUAUUAGCUUUAAAGCUAACAAUAGUUUAUUUUUAAAUUUUUAGUUUAAUAUUUUUGAAAGUUUUGUCUUUAAGUUUAGUGGCGUAUGGAAUAAAAUGCGUAAAACAUGGGUCAAACGAGACAAUAUCUACUACAAACCGUUCUACAAGCAGAAGCUGAAGAUGACCUUGUUGGGAGUGCUACUGAUGGCCAUUGUCUUCUUCGGCUACCAGAUCUUCUACAUCAGUCAGUUGCAAACGGAUUCAUGGGCGGGUGCGCUCGUCCGCCGAGAGGAUACCCAAAAUCAGGCUAAUAAUGUCCAUCGUGUUAAUUCGGUAGGGAAGGAAGCAGAUGCAGCCGCAAACAAGGAAAGAGAUGAAGGCGGAGGAGCAGCGUUGGAUAGCGUUAAUGUUAGCAGUAAUAGCAUCACUCGAUUGAGCGGGCCUACCGACGACAGCCGAUACGUCUACGUUGAAAAGAUCGGGAACUACGAAAAGAGGAUUCUAAGAGGGAUUCGAUUGCGCGACAUUGACUUGUAUUCCGAUCUCAAUGGCGCUGCCGGUUUCCGUUGCCUCAACAUAAAACGGGAAAUAAGUUGGAGCAAGGUGAACGAUGAUUACUGCGACUGCCCCGAGGAUGGAAGCGACGAGCCUGGAACAAAUGCGUGCGAGAAGGGUCGAUACUACUGUCGCUUUCAGAAACGCCACCAAACCGGUCGAGGCGGCUACGUAUCAGUCCCGAGCUCGCGGGUGAAUGAUGGCAUCUGCGAUUGUUGCGAUGGCUCCGAUGAGUGGCUUCGGCCAGAGAUUAACUGUCGGAAUGUAUGCAAAGAAAAGUAUGCCUAUUAGAUUAGAUUAGGGAUCCGAUGAUAUUCCAAAUGCCACUCUGCUGAAUCAAAGAUAGAAUUGCAUUUUUACAGCAACGGUAAAUUAAAAGAUUGCAUGGUUUGUGUGAUAGUGGAUGAACUAUAUAUGUUGAGAAUAAAUUAUUCUAGUUUGUAUUUUCUCUACACAA